GCGGCGUACUGUAACCAAUCACCGGAUUGUUUUCCUAUCUCGUAACGUAAUAAACAUCKCGGCCGGAGAAAUAGUGAGGGAAAGGAGAAAUGUAAACAAUUUCAGGACUCUGUGGAAUUAUAAACCAGGACUUUAUUCAAUAUAAUACUUUAAAAAAAAUAAUGCACAAUUAGUGCUAAAUUAAUAUCUUGCUUUUAAGAGAACGGGACCUAGUUGUAACACGAAUAACACACGCAAGCUAGCUAGCUCGCGCUACAGUACUGUAGGCCUCUAGCUAAAUUUACGCGGAAAAGGAACUUGCUGUUUAUAGAAAAUACGAGCUAGUAGCUAGCUAGUAAUUUGUGCAGCGAACAAGGUAGCUAGUUGUAUCUAGCUAUUUAAACAUUUCCACUAACGUUACCCUGUCGGCUAGUUAACUAAUUUGUAGGCUAUUGCGUUGGCUAGCGCAGCAGACUAAUUGGCAGAAAUGAGCGAAAAAACGAGGUACAGCAAAAAGUCUGCAGACUCCGCACCGAAGAAACGAUGUCAGUCCGACGAGCAGGGUGGCCAGUCCCCUCUUCCAAGUAAGUUAGCCAAAGUGGACGGAGAGGUGUCCAGUGAAUUACCAUCGAAUUCUCAUGGAAACAAAAAUGGGGAAGAUGGCGAUAAAGUAACAGCCAUAGAAGAGAAGAAUGGUGGAAAUGAGGAGAGUGGACUAGAUCUAAAAAAGGGACCCGGGGGGGGGAUUUGUGCAGCUGUCACUGCCAAUAACCCAUCCAGCGCUGAUGCACAUGUCCGCGCCGCCAACAGUGCUCUUUUAUCGGGUGCACCAGUCUCUAGCGAUGCAAAGGAAGUAAAAACCCUGGGAAGUGCUGGUGCUGGAGAUUGCCGACCCUCAACUUCACUGGACCAGUCUGAUUCGGCCGCUAUAGCAGCCGCCGAGGCACUUGCUAGUCUCACAGGAGCAGCUGCGGGUGAACAAACAUCCUUUUCCUCCAAAAAAGUUGGACAUUAUGAGAGAAUGGGACACAAAGGUAAGCGUGGUGACCAGGAGUCCUCAAAGGAACGAUCAAAACCUGAAAGGGGUCUUCACACACAGGCAGCAGCGGCAGACAGCUCUACCUCACUGCGUGGAGUUGGCAGGGAGGAUGCCGAGAACAUGCCCGAUGCGGACGAGGAAGACGACUCAAUACCCGGAUCUUCGUCCACACCGAGUUCCUCUUUCCCUUCAGAUAAUGAUGAUGAUGACGGGGAGUGCGCUAUAGUGUCAGUGAAGAUGGCCCCGGAGAUCCGACAGUCAGUGGCCCUUCUGGCGCAGGUACAGAUGAGGCUGGACGCUCUGGAGAAGAAAGGUGCGCGGCUCCACCAGCGGCUAGAGCUGAAACUGAGCCGCCAGCGCCGUCCACACGUGGACCAGCGUAGCUCCAUCAUACAGGCCAUCCCCGGCUUCUGGGUCACGGCAUUAUUGAACCACCCUCAUCUCUCUGCUCACAUCGACAAAACAGAUGAAGGCGCUCUCAGUUACAUGACCAACCUUGAAAUUGAAUCCUUCAAGACCAACAAGCUUGGUUACAGAAUCGGGUUCCACUUCAAACGGAAUCCUUACUUCCAGAACAACAUCAUCGUGAAGGAGCUCCACCUUGGAAUGGCAGGAUCUCCAGUGUCUUUCUCCAACCCCAUCCUGUGGCACCGCGGGCAGAACCUGACGCUUCACAGUGAGCCCAGGAGGUCGGGACGCGGCGUCUACCAGACUUUCUUCAGCUGGUUCAGCGACCACGCCAGUCCUGGCCGGGACGACAUAGCACAGAUUCUGAAAGAUGACCUUUUCAGAAACCCUCUCAGAUACUAUUUGACUCCACUGUGGGAACCCAGGCAGAAUGGCAGCACCAGUGGGCCCAAGCCAGCUGACAACAGCAACAGGGAGGAUUGUGUGGUGAUCUCUGACUCGGAUGAUGAUGAUGAAGAAGAGCAGGCUAAGUCUGGACGAGGUCUUAGCAGGGAAGAGGAGAAUGAAGAUGAGGACGAGGAGCAUGGGGGCCGAGAUGCAGAAUCAGAUGAAAGCCCAGAGGAGGAUGAUGACGGAGAGGUUGCAAUAGACGGCUCUGAUGACAGCGACCAGGAUGCCAGAGAGGAUGAGGACUCAUCGUACGGAGAGAAGGAUGAAGAGGUGGACGUGGAAGACGUGGAUGAAUCACGAGGUCGCAAGGUCAGAGACCAAGAUAAAGAGGAGGAUGUUGAGGUGGACGAAGAAGAGGAUGAGAGCUAAGAUUGUUUGUUCUUUCCAAUUUCCAUUUUUUCUUAUUAUGCACAAAAUAUCAAUUAUUGUUAAUACAUUCUAAAUGCUUGACUGCAUUUUAAAAUCAGGGUAAAUAAAAAAAAUCCAGGACACCAUGUUUUGACUAUAUUUUACUGUAAUCUUUGUUGGAUUUUUUUCGUAAAGAUUCUUUAUUACUGGGGUCUCAAAUUCGAAGGAUUGUAACUUAAUCAUGCAUUAGAUCUUGACUCAUUCAUUCAGUUUACUCUUAUUGUUAGAGCUACUCAACACAAAACAAAAAUAAUACCAGUACAAUAAUAUUCUACGAGGUUUGAGACCCCUGAUUGAAUUUUGUUAAUACUGCCAAGAUUUGGUAGAAUCUCUUGUUGCAAAUGGUCCAAUAAAACAAUACUAGAUAUUUUACUGACAGGUAUCAGUGAUCACGUCUUCAACUCAAUUUAUCUUGGACUUUUCCUAUUGUAAAUCUGAUCUUUGACGAGGUAAAAAGUAGAUUUUCAUAGAGGUUGUAAUAUUAUUCCCAACACAUCUCGGAUGCACUUCCUACUGAACCAAAUCUUGUUCUCAGGGAUGACCUAGUCGUGAGUGUUUUCAUGGAAGGAAACUUAUAGAUUUUUGAGACCAUAUACUACUAUAUAAUUUCUCACACUCCUGCCAUUGUUUGGGUGUAUCUGUGUAAAAUAAGUUUACUCUACAGUAGUUUGUGUUAUUUUAAUAAGGUAAAUAUAGGUAAUGUCUCCUGUGUUUUCACGCCUUUCCUAUCAUAAACUUAGUGUGUAGCUGUGCACCCAUAUUAAUUAAUAUUCACACAUGUUUAUGUUUUUCAAUUCUUUAAGUAUAUUUUAAUAUUCAUUGAGUUAUUUGGGUGGAAUCACACAUUAUUGUUAUAUUUUGAGCUUGUUGCAUCCAUGCAUUCAAAAAUGUUUGCUUUUUUGCUUUUGUGUAACUUAGAAACUGUUAUCGUCACAUUUUUGUGUUUUUUGAUAAAUAACUGUCUAUCAAAGUAAGUUAAGUCAGAAUGAUGACAUUUAACAGUUUGAAAGAUUCUGUAUAGAGCAAAUAUUUGCAGUGACUGUUGCCUCAAAGGCAUUGACGAGUGUGAUCCGACAAAGUAACAGAACUGUAGCCCAGGGCAGCUCUUAAACUACUGUAACAAUGAUAGCUAGUGGUUUUAUGUUGUUUCUUUUCCACACAGACUGAUGGCAUUGGCAUGUACAUAUUUAAACUUAACUUUGUGUGCAGAGUUUGGAUCUGUUAAGCUUAAAUCAUUACCUGUAGCCAUCUGGAAUUUGACAAAUAGGGUACAUUAACAAAAAGUUAUAUUUUGUGUGCUGAAUUAUUUUAUAGUAUGCUAUAGUUCUGAAGAAAACGUGUUUUGUUUUUUAAGAUAAAAUAAUGUCUGCAUUUUAAAUCCGACUUAAUUAAAUAGCAAGUUAUUUA